CCCACCGACACCAACAGUGACGAGAUGUCUCAAACUUCAAUUUGUAGGAGGAGCCAAGAGCAAGAAUAGCACGAAAAAGUAGUGGAACUGGUCAGCACAUCUUCAUCAUGAUCAUCAAAAAGAAAAUAUAUUAAAAUAUAGAUUGUGCUGCUGGAGGUCGUCGUGAGGUAAUCAUGAUCGCCUCCUCCACUCACUCUCAUCUUGGAGGACGUGGAGGCCUUUCACCCUCCGCCUCCUCGCCGUCAUCCAGACGUGGGAGUCCGACCAGGCGGCAACUGCAGGCUCAGAGAAGCCACGACCUGAAUGGGAACGCGGCGAAUGUUGUUCCUUCGCCAUCCCUGGCCGAGCUUCUACAGAAUCACGAUGCAGCUGCUAAUAACUACAUCAAUGUUGAACAUCAACUUAGAGCGGCAAGUGCGAAUCCACCUGCUUCUAAAAUAUACCCUCAAGUUCUUACAACACAUACAACCUUACACCAUUAUAUGUCUUCACCCGUUGACAUAGACCCGACUUAUGGUGGCGCGCUUCCCUUACAAAAUCCAGGAGAGCGGAAAAAGAGUCCUUUGUAUCCUAUGCGAACGAGUCAGAGUCUUCCAGCUAGUACUACGCCGUCUACUGUUAUAGUCCCUCCUGCUAAAAAAAGUACAAGAACAACAACAACAACUACAACAGAAGCAACUGUGUCUGCAGCAAGUGUAAGUCCAACCACGACAGGGGCUUCAAGAGGUGGCGUUGCUGGUGGACGAGCGCAUCAACACGGCCCGAGGAAUCCGUACUUAGCGACUUCUUCGGGUCCACAGAUAACUGCUACUGCAGGCGGAAGUAGUAUUGCGUCUGCAACUGCAAGCAAUGAUGUAGUAGAAGUAACCAGCACAACUACUGCAGCGAGUACGACGUCAGGCACAGGCACAGGAGGACCUACAGCUCAUCAAGAUGGUAAUCUGGCGCCUAGGUUCGUUUCUCCAUUCGUCCAAGAAAGUAUAGCUGCACAAGAGAGGCGUAGCAGACACCACUCUUCGACUUGUUUGGAGCCUAUCAAUGAGUAUGAGGAAAUAGUUCCUCCAUCUGGAGGGAGUGGAGCAAUUAUAGUAGAAGAGGUUCAGGACCAGCAGAGCGUUAGCGUUAGGGCUAGCGGGACAGAAGUACAAGGACAAGUUGUCGAAGCAGCUCAACAGUCGGGGGUGCUGGAGGCUUCACGAGUCGUGAGGACAAAAGAGCUUCACCUUCAAGAUCAAAGUAGCGCAGGAGAACCGGAGUCGUGCACCGCUGCAGCCGCAGGAGAACCUCCUACCGCUUCCGUAAAGGCAUCAGAAAUACAACCUGCUCGUGCCCGACCUCCUCCCACAGUAUUCGCGCCAAGACCUCCUGGUGCGCCAAGCCAUAACAUGAUCAGUACAACGACUGCUUCUAACACCACUAGUAGUAGUACAAGUCAUAAUUAUACUAGAAGCACAACUAGUACUAGUACAAGCACUUCGAACACUACUAGUAGUAGCAGCAUAUUGAAACACAAAGCUGCAUCUUUGUUCUCUGUCGCUGUUAUCAAGAGCGACACUUACGAUCUCAGUUCACCGGAUAAAUGCAUAAUAUCCCCAGAGAAGCUACCGAUGAUAUUUGACCGAGCAGCUGUCUACUCGUUGGAAGAACAGCAUGAGCUUGAGGGAUCGUCUCAUCUUCAAAGAGAUCAUAAGACGGAUGAAGUUGCAACGUCAAUUAGCAGUUGUGCUGCUCCUAGUAGUGGUGACCACCAGCAUCAAGACAUAACGCCAACGAAUAAUACAUCCUCCUCGAAAAACCGCCAUAAUGCAUUUCUACGUGCGUUAGAAGAUUCGGCUACGCUCCUUCCAGAAGCCUCACAUCAUAAAGAUUCAUCUUGGUCUUCCAGUACAACUAGCACCGAUCAUGUAGUUGCCAGCAGUAGUAGUACAACUGCCGUUUCAUCCUCAAGAUCGUCAUCCUCACCAAACAAGGGUAGACUGCGAAUAAGAGGAAGCAGCUCUGAAAAUCCGGAACUGACAACGACUGGUGCUGGCCUAGGCCUUGAUGGAGGUAGCGUUGCAGGUGCAGCUGGCGGGGCCACUGCGUCAGGGGAGGACAAGGUACUCCACUACUACUACUUAUCAGGAUGAUGAUUCUCAUAGAUGAUUGGAUAUGGGUUUAGUAGAUGCUAGAAGACCGAAAGAAAACCAAAAUUUUUGUCGUCAAAAAAUCGACCCGACGACCUCAAACAAUCCAACUUCUACCAGACUUUGGUAAAUCUUUCCACUGCUGUUGCUGCGCCACAGCCGCCUGCACGUACACCACUGUAUACGAUCGACGAUGACGAAAUUAUCUUGGUGGACAAUCGUAUUAACAAGAAAGGGAGCAAUGGCUAUCCCAAACCUCGUCCUGCUGAAGGUUAUGCGGCAGCUGAAGCUGUCGUGUCUCGAGAUGAUAUAAUUGUGCAAGCAAGGUCUUCAAAGAGCAGAACGCUUCCCGCAAAGAAUCCUCAGCUAGCAGAGGACCAGAGCAGUGCUAGAGCAGCGUCUACGUCUGCCAAUGCUAGUACUGCCGCAGCCUCGUCUUCAUCGUCCUCUGGGGAAGAAGAAGCAAUAUUAACAAGAACAAGUGGAGGUGGGCCAAACCAGCAUACGCAUAAUCCAGUUCUAGAGGACCACGACAAGCACAGGAAUAUAUUGCGCUUCGCAGGACAAAGAGGUGUGGAUGCUGAUCAGCAUGCGAUAGACAGUGCGUCAUCUUCCACCUCUAGUAGUGCGGUAAGCACGGGCAGAUGUCCCCCUGCGAUUCUGUUUACAUCGUCGCCGAAGAAGGGUGCUGCACCGCCUCCACAAUAUCUAGGGAGUGAUCACACAGCGGUGUUAUUAGUUGAAGAUCAUGGUGGGAAGGCAGAAGCUGCCUCAUUUAGUGGGACGAGUGCUGAGCGAAGUACAACCAAAGAAGCGAAGUGGGAAGUGAGAGACGAGGCAGCGUCAGUCCCUGAGUCACACACAGUACCAGCAGAGGCUGCACCAGAACAGAGUCAUCAACAUGAUCAGCAAGGGACUACUACUUCGACUUUCUCAUCUUCUGUACUCAUCUCCUCAAAGAAAACAGUACCAGAACAAGUUGUAGGUCCUAACGGCGUUGAGAUCAUCCCAAUGGGUCCUCGGAAACAAUUCCCAGCUGCAAGGACUACACCUGCAGUACCACCUGGUUACACCUCAGCUCCAAUGACAUCCUCUUCUUUAGGUGGAUGUACAUCUUCUUCAAGCACCAACACAGUCGAGAAGAUGCGAGGGAACCAAAACUUCAGGAAGAUCUUGGAGCAAAUUGAGUCAACACAAAUGCGACUGAGUGAGAAACUCGCAAAUGCCAUGGCGUUUGAUGUAGAUGUCGAUACGAAGAAAGAAGAUUCAAAUCUAGUUGCACAACGAGCAGAAGUAGUAGGGUCUUCUCCUGUACAAGAAGACGAGGUAGAAGAAGAGCAACAUGAAAUAAACCUCAACAUGGAGGAACAUUAUCCUGAACAGGAGGACAUAGUGCCUGACGUGCCCGACGAAGGAGAUGAGAUUUUUACUCCCGAAGACGAAGCACCGGAACUGGAAGCUCCAGAAACCGAAGUAGCUCCAGAAACUGAAGUGAUUUUGUCGCCAUCGACGCCUCCUCUGGGUCCACGACCUGCUACGAGUGGAUUUAAGGGUAGGUUAAAGGUGCUUUUCUUACCGCUUUUUAUGCCUCUCCUAAGGGAGAAAGGCAUAACAAGCGGGGUAAGCGAGCACCAAAAACCUACCUCUAAUGGAUUUUAUCACAGUCACACUAUGAAUAGCAGCUAUAAUAGAAGUCCUCCUUCAGUAACAAGAAGUGAUGAGGAAGAACCGAUGACGCCCCCACUGACGAGAGAGACCACAGUAGUCCCAAAGAUCGCUGGAUUUGAGAGGGUUUCGAGUCGGGGAACAGUUUCGCCGCAGAAGAAGAAAGUGGCUCCAACGACAGCUCCAGUAUUGAAACAGAGGCUACAAAUCAAGACCUCAGCUGUGGGUGUUAAUGCAGCUUCUUCAUCUUCGGCAGUUGUUGUAAGUAGAGGCAGCUCAUCUUCUGCAGCAGCCAGAAGUUCAUCAUCCUCUGCUAAUAUAACUAGUCUAGAUCAGCACGCUUGUGCUUCAUCAACAUCAUCUGCCGUUACUUCAGAAGCUCGCAAUUCACUCGAAGACGUGAAGAAAGCCGUGGCUGCCGCCAAAAGCAGUUUGAAAGCGAAGAAACUAGUAGCUCCGUCAUUCAACAUCAAAAUAGGGACACCAUUAGCUGCGGGUGGGUCGUCUCCCAAUGUACAACAAGGACGAUCGGUAAGCAGUCCGCCGAAGGCAAAACGUGGGACAUCAAACCCGGCGUCCUCGAAUGCAACAUCUUCGACCUCUGGAGGUGCUGCGGGUGGCCCCACAGCCUGUCAACUACCACCGCGUGCUCCUAGUUUACCGUCUUCAUCUAGUUCAACAGCACGCAGCACUCUGGAACCGGCUUUUCCUGGAAAAGCCGGUUCCAGAGAUACGUCACCUCUCAAGAACAAGCAACCUACUCUGCAUGUUCCUCGACCAACUACAGCAAAUCUCCAUCAAUACAACAUCAAUACUGAUGUCACUCCGACUAGCAGCACCCCCUUACUCGCUUCUCCCUCACCGAUUGCGCCCAUGGUGAACCUCUCCUCAGCCGCUCUCCUCCUGACUCCACAGCCGCCGCAACAUCCCAACUCUUCGUUUCUACAGUCCGUUGCGGAGGGGGAUGAAGAGGAGCAAGAGGAUAUUAGAGAUAGAGAACAGCAUAUUAUCGCUCAGGAUGACGACGACCACGAUGUUGUCAAUGCUCUAGAAUUCUCAGAGAAUAAGAAACAAGCAGCUCCAAGUGCGAUUUCGCCAGCGAAGAGGCAGAAACUCAGAGAACAGGUUGUCCGUCGAAGGCGGGUCGGUAGUAGAAGUCCUUCUCCUACUAGGAAAAUAUCCAAUUUCGGAGUCAACAAACGGCGAGGGCUAGCACAAGUAGGGUCAUCCAUUGCUGCUCAAGAAGCGAGGCAGAGUAAAGGGUCCGCAACUGGAGAGGCGCCACGAGGACCAGCACCGAUACCGCAUCAAGAAAUGUUGGCACCUCCUUCUGCCGGUAUAGGUAAAGAACACGGGAAUCCUCAUGCUGGUCCCUCUUUCCAUCCGAAUUCUCGUGUCAAGACGCCGACGACCACGACGCCUUUUGCUGGAGGACGCGCAGCGCCGCCAGUGACUCCAGCUUUGCAGUACUCCUCGCCAAAAAUCAGUGCUUUGCCAAUUGGAGGACCACCAUUGCCUGCAACUGUUGUUCGUAGACAUUCUCCAGGAGUAGGAGUUGCGGGUGCAGUAGUAGGAGUAGGAGUAGGUACAACUUCUACAAGAACAACUCUACGAGAAGGUGGUGGUACGAUUUCACCAGGAGGCCCAUCUCUAAGACCACCGUCAGGUUACCACGGUCAUUUUAUGACUCCUAGCGUAGUUACGCACCAGUCCAGAACCAGUCCAGUAUUCACGAUGACCACUCCAGGGACAGGGUAUCCUCCGCCCUCUCGAGCGUCUCUUCCAGCGCGCAAUUAUUCCUCGAGCAAAACGAACAGUACAUUGCUGUCAAACAGUGCAGGAGGAACUAGAGCAAGAGCAUCAUCUACGUCAGGUCGGGAGACUGGACCUGUAGGAGAAGGAACUACAGGAAUAGGACCAACAACACCAAAAACUACAACGCUCAGACCAUCGCCAGUCAAGUCUCCUGACCUAGCACAGCAGGUUUCUUCGUUGUUUCGACCUGCUCACCGAAAUAAAGCCUCAACAACUACAGAGGUGUUCAACCGUCUAGCUCGAGCGACUGUGAGUUCAACGCACAAGAGAAGUGAGUCUUUGACCAGCAACGACGACGAGCCGCCUCCUUCUAGGACUAAUUCGAGUUUGUUCAAGAGCAAAUUGGAGCACAGUGUUCGAAGCCGUUCAACCAGUCGACAGCGAGUCUCUACGACUCUGAAAAUACAUGACCAGCAUCAAGCGCCGUUGUACAGUAGUUCAACACAUGAUCAGCUGCCACAAAGGAAGAAAUCUGGCGCCGCACCACCACGAACGGUAGGGAGUACACGCGCAUCGAUCCUGCGACAGGAAGCGACCAGAGUAAGAAGCUUAAGCGCAUCGAGGGGAGGUGGCAGAGAAUCCUCGUUGCCACGAAACAAAGGAGUCGAGAAUAUUAAUAAUGGAGGAAGCAAAAAGAAAAUGUCAUCAGCAUCCAGAUCCACCACAUCAAUUUCUAGCUCUACGUCUCACAGGAUCCCUGCUCCCCGAUCCCCUGAUAUUCAAAUCCGUUUACACCCACCACGCGAAAUCGCUCUGGUUCCGCCUCAGAAUGAGGAAAUAACUCAGGAGCCACACGAAGAUGAACCUCCACCACUAGGAAGCCCAGCAGCACCAUCUUCACCUAGUUCAUCUGGUACAGGCGCCACAAGAACUACUACCAGUGUCAAGACCACUAGUUGUACUUCCGCAACAAGUCGUUUUCCAAAUGCGAAGUUCUUAACUCCGGAUUUAGUGGGGAACAAUUCAAGUAUCUACGCUGAUCCACUACCAAGACAUGCGUACUUGCGACGAAGCACAGCUGCACCGCCACCAGCCGCGCGCAGUCGGAGGGCGACAGAAGCUGCAAGUCUAGUCGCUCCUGCUGCUGUUCCGGGAACUCCAGGACCUGAACGUGGUGGCGGGAACAAAAUCUCAUCUAGCUCUAGUACUAGUGCAGGACGUUCUAGUACAGCUGGUGGAGCUUCAUCCUCAUCCUCUUCAGGACGCGCUGGAGGUGGUUCAUCCUCCUCAUCCUCCGCAGCAUCUUCCACAAGCAGUAGCAAAAACACCCGUACCUCUAGUACAGUCCCAUCAUCGCCAAGCGUUGGGCCAAGAGCCUCACAGCAGAAGCAAAGGAGGCACACUGCUGUACCAAAGAAAGCGAGACCAGGUAAUCACUUUGGAGGUGGAACCAAGAAGUCGCCAGUGGCGGAGCAAGUGAAGUCAUCUAGUGGAAAACUUCUAAAUGACGUUGUAUCAAGCGGAGGAAGCGGCGCCGGCGGCGGUCCCGCUCCUGCAGACGCAACCGCAGUCUCAUCAAUCGCGGCAAACUCUGUUGUGAAGAACAGAGUCGUGAACUACACGACAACUACAUCAAGCGCGCAGGAGUCAACUACUAGAACAGCAUCUACACAUCACACAUCCGUACAGAAGUAUAUCUCGCCUUCCCGGGUGCGGUUGUUCGAGCAGCCAUCUUCGGGUGUUCCACCUAAUAUGCUCUUCUACGGCGGCGGAGGGAGGCCGUCCUUCACCACGACUAGACCUGGAAGCACGACUUCCACGGCGACAACUACUGUUUACAACACCCAGUACCAAUAUCACCAACCUCGUCUGUCUAUCGUCUCAAUGAAUCAGGCAAGGAAUUAUGCACCCUCCAGCAUCAACAUGUCCUCGACAUAUGUGGCGGGGACUAGAAGUACUUCCGGCGCCCCCGUUGGCGCACCAAAACCAAUCCGCAAUAAAGGUCCUGUUGUUACUUCGGUCGUGUCUAUGCGUCCAUCUUCGGGUGACAACGUGCCAGCAAGAAGCCUGUCGCCACCAAAACAAGUCAUGUUCGAUCAACCUAUUGCGGUGGAAGUGGAGAUACCACAGACGGACAGCGGUUCAUCUCACCUACGCGAGGAUGGUUCUCAGCAACGACCCCGUGUGCUGUCUACUGUGUCAUCGGCGUCUGUCCUGUCGACCGCAUCCGGUGGCAGUGUCUUCGCGGCAACAUCUGCAGCACCAUCCAGCACGACUCCUGUGCCACCACCACCUCAACUGAACAGCAUGGCGGCCACAACCCCCUGGCCUAAGAGACUUCAAAACAUGCAGAUCAAAGGUGCGCCAAGCGUGCAGAUCAAACCUGCACCGCCGCCUCCAGGGACCUUGGAGUAUGCUAGACAGAACUCGAAACAGUUACAGAUGUUUCGAAAUGGAGGAUUCGUUUCGAGAAUGCCGAUGUAGGCUACAGGUUUGGGACGCGUCGAUGAGCACCAGGUAAUUAUAGAUGUUGAAGCUAUAGUAGUUAAGGCUAGAAGAAAUCCAUCUUCACAGGCAUCCUGAGACCGUUUUCAAGGGGAGAAAGGUCCUCGGAUGCGUCUCAAGAUGGAUUUCUCUUAGUUCUAAAGUAGAUAGUAGCAAUCUAGUAGUCGGCUUGUAGAAUGAUACAGUGAGACUCUACUGUAGGCGUAAGGAACAGGAAGGAAUCAGAACAAGAUCGACGUCGUCUCUUAUAGGUUUAAGCCUUAAUAGAUAUAUACCUCCUUCACAGAUACGGUACCAGUGCCCUCGAGCUCCAGUUCCACAGAUGAUCUCCACGCUGAUCGAGCCGAGAGUCGUGAUGGCUGUUGGCAUAAAUAUCUUCCGCUGCAUGAAUAUCGAAGAGCACAAAGACAACUUGCACAGUUUUUUUUGUACCUCAGACUUCUCAGAAGGAUCAUGGAUCAAUGAAACAAAAUCAAAAACAACAUUUCCACUGGAGAUUCAACCUUUGAAAGCGCAAAUACUUAAACCUAGCCUAGUGGUACUUAAAUCUAAAUAAUCAACAUUCAUUGUACGUAAAAUAGCAAAAGCAAAGAUUCCCUUAUCGUUAUCUAACCCGAGAUUUUGACUUACUGACAACGCGUCAUGAACAUUUUCAGUCAUUUUUGACUCCUGACUUUUUUUGUUGAAUCCUUUCAUCGCAACCAUAAAAUGCACCGAUUUCUUC